GGUUUAGGAUAUGGACGUCCCAAGGAUCCCGAAUUGCACUUGACCGAUCAUAGAGGGGAGAGCAAGCGAAAGACACGAGAGAGAGAGAAUGAAAAAAACUGCGUAGCGAACAGUUAGAAAGAGACGGGAGAGGUUCCUUUUCUGGGUCGUACGUACGUUGCGGAGCUUUCCCUUACUUUUAUGCAAAAAGACAACUCAUUUGAUCGUCCCGUCAAGGUUUGGGGUGCUCCUCUUCAUAAUAUCCUGCUAUUACAUGGUAGCAAAGACCUGAAGACGAGGGUGUGUAAGAUGGCAGUGUGGAUCCAGGCCCAGCAGCUCCAGGGGGAUGCGCUGCACCAGAUGCAGUCUCUCUAUGGACAGCACUUCCCCAUCGAGGUGCGCCAUUACCUGUCCCAGUGGCUCGAGGGCCAACUCUGGGAUGUGAUCGAUCUGGAGAACCCCCAGGAGGAGUUUAAGGCCAAGCGUCUGCUGGACAGCCUGAUCCAGGAGCUGCAGAACAAGGCUGAGCAUCAGGUGGGAGAGGACGGCUUCCUGCUCAAGAUCAAACUGGGACACUACGCCAGCCAGCUCAAGAGCACGUAUGACCGCUGCCCUCUGGAGCUGGUGAGAUGCAUCAAACACAUCCUGUACACGGAGCAGAGGCUAGUCCGAGAGGCCUCUAAUUCGAGCUCCCCAGUGGGCGGGAUGAUGGACAGCAUGUCCCAGAAGUACCAGCAGAUCAACCAGGCAUUCGAGGAGCUGCGCCUGCUGACCCAAGACACAGAGAACGACCUGAGAAAGCUCCAGCACAACCAGGAGUACUUCAUCAUCCAGUACCAGGAGAGCCUCCGCAUCCAGGCCCAGUUGACCAGCCUGGUCACACUGCCCCCUGCUGACAGACAGCUGAGGGAGCCCACAUUGCUGAGCAAAAGAGCCACCGUGGAGGCCUGGCUCACCCGGGAGGCCAACACACUACAGAAAUACAGACUGGACCUGGCAGAGAAGCACCAGAAGAGCCUGCAGCUGCUGAGGAAGCAGCAGACCAUCAUCCUGGAUGACGAGCUGAUCCACUGGAAGAGACGGCAACAGCUGGCCGGCAACGGGGGUCCUCCGGAGGGGGGGCUGGACAUCCUGCAGUCCUGGUGUGAGAAGUUGGCAGAGACGAUCUGGCAGAACAGGCAGCAGAUCAGGAGAGCAGAACACCUGAGACAACAGCUUCCCAUCCCCGGCCCCAUCGAGGAGCUACUGAACGACCUCAACAGCACCAUCACAGACAUCAUCUCAGCACUGGUCACCAGCACCUUUAUCAUAGAGAAGCAGCCUCCCCAGGUGCUGAAGACCCAGACCAAGUUUGCCGCCACAGUGCGCCUCCUAGUGGGCGGAAAGCUCAAUGUGCACAUGAACCCCCCGCAGGUCAAGGCCACCAUCAUCAGUGAACAGCAGGCGAAGGCCUUGCUCAAGAAUGAGAACACCAGGAAUGACAGCAGUGGAGAGAUCCUUAACAACAACUGUGUGAUGGAGUACCACCAGGCCACAGGAACACUCAGCGCAAACUUCAGGAACAUGUCUUUGAAGAGGAUCAAGCGCUCGGACCGGCGAGGGGCGGAGUCUGUGACAGAGGAGAAGUUUACCAUUCUGUUUGAGUCUCAGUUCAGCGUCGGGGGUAAUGAGCUGGUCUUUCAGGUUAAGACGUUAUCACUUCCUGUGGUGGUGAUCGUCCACGGUAGCCAAGACAAUAACGCCACGGCAACAGUGCUGUGGGACAACGCUUUUGCCGAACCCGGUCGGGUGCCCUUCAUAGUGCCUGACAAGGUGCUGUGGCCCCAGCUGUGUGAGGCCCUCAACAUGAAGUACAAGGCGGAGGUGCAGAGUAACCGUGGCCUCUCAGAGGAGAACCUGGUCUUCCUGGCCCAGAAAGCCUUCAGUAGCUCCAGCAUCAACCCUGAUGACUACCGCGGCAUGACCAUGACCUGGUCCCAGUUCAACAGGGAGAGUCUGCCUGGCAGGAAUUUCACGUUCUGGCAGUGGUUUGAUGGGGUCAUGGAACUCACAAAAAAACAUCUCAAACCACACUGGAAUGAUGGGGCGAUCCUGGGAUUUGUGAACAAGCAGCAGGCCCAGGACAUGUUGAUGUCCAAACCCAACGGGACCUUCCUGCUCCGCUUCAGCGACUCUGAGAUCGGAGGGAUCACUAUCGCCUGGGUGGCUGAGAAUCCCAACAAACCAGGGGAGAGGAUGGUGUGGAACCUCAUGCCCUACACAGCCAAAGACUUCUCCAUCCGCUCUCUGGCUGACCGCAUCAGUGACCUCAACCACCUCCUGUUCCUCUACCCAGACAGACCCAAGGAUGAGGUCUUCUCCAAAUACUACACGCCACCCCUGUCCAAAGCAGUGGAUGGAUACGUGAAACCGCAGAUCAAACAAGUGGUACCAGAGUUCACCACGACCAAUCCUGACCCAGCAGCAAACCCCACCUACAUGGAUCACGGAGCCUCCCCUGUUGUCAGUCACCCUCCAAACUACGGCAUAUACCAGCCUAUGAGUGACUCCAUGUUAGAUGCGGAUGGUGACUUUGACCUGGAUGACACCAUGGAUGUGGCGCGACACGUUGAGGAGCUGCUGCGGCGACCGAUGGAGAACCAAUGGAGCGGCCAGCAGUCGUGACCCUCAAUCUCUGACCCCUGACACCAACAAAAGAACCCCGCACCUUUUGACAUUUCUGAUGGUUUAAUUCCAUUAAUUUCCUCCUGUUUUAAUUCAGAUAGAUUUAAUGUGAAAUGUUAAUAAUGUUUGUGAUUGUUUUUUAGUUUUUUCUUCUCAGCAUGCAAACUGCAUGUCAGUUACUUGUUUCAGUUUGUCUCAGUGCGUAUCUGUAAAACAGACUAGGUAUAAAUGCAAAUAACUUCAAUGUUACAGUAUUGUAUAAAAAAAUUCAAUUCACGCAUGUAUUUUAAUUUGGUCAUAAUUCUAACAAAGAUAUUUGAAGAGCACUCUCUACAACCGGUAUGAAGUCAUUUAAACAGUUGUACUGUUUUUAUUUUUGUUUAGUUAUUUUAUUAUUGUAAAUGGUUUAUCAACUGAGUUUUUUUAAUUGAAUUCGCCCUCUGCCAAAGAAGAGAAAAACUUCAAUGAAUAAUUUGUUGUUGUUAUUGACAAUAUCAUUGGAUUUGUUGCUAAGGGAAGUUUCAAUCAGUAGUAUAAUAAUUCUGAAUCUUUACACACUAAAGUCCAAGCAGAAUGGCUCUCAUCUCAUUCUCAGAGCACACUGAGUAUCUAUGUCACGCACACACGCACACACACACACACACACACACACACACACACACACACACACACACACACACACACACACACACACACACACACACACACACACACACACACACACACACACUGUUGCAUAAUAUACAUCAGCUCCAGCUGAAACUUGGGGACUUUGGGCCCCCUCUACACUCACAGGGAUAUUUUAAUUUCCUGUAUUUGCACACAGGUGUAAUGUAAAUACAAGCAUGUAUCCAGCAUGGCCACUCAGGUCUCUGGACAGCCCAUAGAGAUAGAUAGAGGACUCAUCAUUAAUAUAACCCGUUUUUAACAUGGCCAUUGCCAUUGAGGUCUUCCACCAUUUUAAAGUUGUCAACUGGGUGGGUAUUCCUAUGAGUUGGGAGCAAUCAGCCAAUGAAGAAGAAUAACAUGUACUACUUUAGUACCUCAACGGUGCUGCCAUGCUGUCACACAGACGCUUUAAUGGCACAGAUACAAAGAUGAGUCCUCUAUCUAUCUCCCCUCCUUACCCCUGUAGAUUAUGCAUGUGCCAUCAACGCUACCUCUCAUUAACACUCUGUCUGUCUGCCUGGUGUUUUAAACAACUCAUUUGGUCAUGUCUUGUUAUCGGUUGUGACGUCUAGUGUUGACAAUCUAUUUGGGGAGCUGUUGGGAUGUGUGUAGAGGAGCUGAGGUCACGGGUGUGUGUGGAGGAGCUGAGGUCACUGGGUUGUGUGUGGAGGAGCUGAGGUCACUGGGUUGUGUGUGGAGGAGCUGAGGUCACUGGGGUGUGUGUAGAGGUCGGGGUUUAGUUGAGAGAUCUGUAGGAAAGUUCAUUACUAGGACUGAUGGUAGAAGAGCCUCUAUACUGGGUCCUUAUUGGCUUAGUAUUGUUCAUCUGCUGAAGUACACUAACUACUCAAUCCAUAGCCUGAGAUUUUUUUAAAGCAAGUUUUCUGCAGUUCUACAAAUUUUUCCAUGGAUGUUUUGAAGUUUUAAAGCUAAUUCCCUGCAAUUCUACCAGUUUUGCCAUGGGGUGGAGAUACAUUUUUGCAGUUUUAAAGCAAAUGUCCUGUAAUUCUACACAUUUUGCCAUUACUUAUGUCAUGUUAAUGAUAUCUGAGUGAGUGUGACUAGCUAGACUAACUUGCCAAUGUAAGCUGUUAGCUGACAUGGCUAAUUAAGUGACUGUCACUGACAAAACAGGAGAAAAACUGCUGAUGCACAACCACAUUUCGAACCUUCACCUUCUAACUUUCAACAGUAAAUUUAGACCCCAACUGAGUUCCCCCAAAAAACGACCCGGGCCCUAAGCGACCGCUUAUAUCGCUUAUGCCUGGAGCCAGCCCUGAUGGUACUCCUGUCUGUCUGUUUUUUCUCACUCUCUGUCUAUCUCUGUCCGUAAGCCUGUCUCCUGUUUGCUGUUAUUACUGAUCACUGUCACUAAGUCUGCAUGUGCAUGUCUGUCUCUGUGUGACAUAACAUAAAACAUCCACUGACAACCUGAGGUACAGAUAUAUAGCUAUAUGUGCAGACAAUAUGAGGCGCUUGAACACUUGACUCAUCAGUCCUGAGCAUGAAGGCCGUUGCUACCAUAAAGUUUGGGAUAUUUUGGCACGGUCUCACUCCCUGUCUUUCAGCCAAGAUGUUGUUGUGGGGUCUGUCUCCAUAUAGUCCCAGCAGGAUUAGUCUGCCAUGGUACACCUAAGCUACCGCAGUUUAACAAAGCAUGUAACGAUAGAUCCACCUGUUGCCGUGGCUACUCUGUUCACCCCCCCUCCCCCGCACAUACAUACACACACACACACACAACCCAUCCCCUCUACUCAUAAGCUCUGCCCACUCAGGAAUGAAGCCCUAUGCUUGGUUGAUGUAUCAUAAAAUGAAAAAAGACAAAUAGAGUCUCUGUCUAUUAGUGGAGGCUGGUGGGAGGAGCUAUAGGAGGAUGGGUUCAUUGUAAUGGCUGGAAUGGAAUAAAUGCAACAGAGUCAAAGAUGUGGUUUCCAUAUGUUCGAUGUGUUUGAUGCAGUUCCAUUGAUUCCAUUCCAGCCAUUACAAUGAGCCUGUCCUCCUAUAGCUCCUCCCACCAGCCUCCUCUGCUAUCUAUAUACAGCAUAUAUGAAUAUAUGAAGCUAGUUUUUCUUCUUUGUAUUUCUUGAUUUUACUGAUGUUUUUUGAAGAGUCAAAGCUACAUGGGAAUUCUUGUGAUGUUUCCUUUUUUUAAACAUUAUUCUGAUCAUUUCAAACACCUUAUGUACCCGGGAAGCUGUAUAUGUUCUGUUCAGUGUUAGUUCCACGUUUGUGGUUUGGUUUUAGCACUUUGGAUGUGUUCCAAGAAAAACUGCAAUUGAAAAAAAAAAGUUUUAUAAAUAAUUUCAACCAUAACAUGUAUAAUGAAAAAUAAGUUGUGACUGAAUAAAUGUAAUGGUUUAUUUGUUCACA